ACUUCUAGAUCUCUCUCAUGGAGCUUCUCGUUUUCAUCUGUGCUCUCUCUUUGGCCUAUUUUCUGUUCAUGAUAUGGAAGUGGGUUGAUGCAGAGAGAAAUGGAGUGUGCUACAUUUUGGACUACCAAUGCCACAAGCCGACCGAUGACAGAAUGCUAGACACUGAGAGCUGCGGGGAGAUAGUCAAGAGGUCCAAGAAUCUUGGUCUUCAUGAGUACAAGUUCCUCCUAAAAGCCAUUGUGAGCUCCGGUAUUGGAGAGCAGACCUACGCACCAAGGAUAAUGUUCUCGGGCAAGCACGACAAUCCCACGUUGCUCGAUGGGAUCUCGGAGAUGGACGAGGUUUUUGAAGAUAGCAUCGGAAAGCUCUUGUGCAGGUCAGGCAUUACGCCCAUGGAAAUCGAUGUUCUUGUUAUUAACGUAUCCAUGCUCUCCACCGUCCCUUCUUUAGCUGCUAGGAUCAUCAACCGUUACAAAAUGAGAGAUGACAUAAAAGUGUACAAUCUCACUGCAAUGGGGUGUAGUGCAAGCCUUAUUUCUGUUGACAUAGUCAGAAACCUCUUCCAGUCCUACAGGAAUUUGUUUGCUCUUGUUGUGACUUCUGAAUCUUUGGGUCCGAACUGGUAUUCUGGGAAUGAAAGGUCGAUGAUUCUUUCAAACUGUUUGUUCCGGUCUGGUGGGUGUGCAAUUCUUCUGACUAAUAAAAGGGCAAUGAAACAGAGAGCCAUGUUCAAGUUGAAGUGCCUUGUUAGGACACACCAUGGGGCUAGAGAUGAGUCUUAUAAUUGUUGCAUGCAAAAGGAAGAUGAUCAAGGGAAGCUAGGAUUUUACCUUGGGAAGAGUCUCCCAAAAGCUGCUUCAAGGGCUCUUGUUCAUAACCUAAGAGAGAUAUCCCCCAAGAUUUUGCCAGCGAGGGAACUGCUUAGAUUCAUGUUCAUGUUAAUUGUCCAGAAGAUGAACCGAAGCAGCUCCAAUAUUAAGAGUACUGGGGGAACCAAAGGUGCUGUGAACUUUAAGACUUGUGUCGACCAUUUUUGCCUUCAUACUGGUGGAAAGGCAGUCAUAGAUGGCAUUGGGAUGAGCCUAAACCUUAGCGAGUAUGAUCUCGAGCCGGCCAGGAUGACACUGCACCGGUUUGGAAACACUUCGGCAAGCAGUCUUUGGUAUGUUUUGGGGUACAUGGAGGCCAAGAAAAGGCUGAAAAGGGGUGAUAAUGUAUUGAUGUUAAGCUUUGGUGCUGGCUUCAAAUGCAACAGCUGUAUGUGGGAGGUGAUGAAGGAUUUGAGAGAUGGAAAUGUGUGGAAAGACUGCAUUGAUGGGUACCCACCAGAGUCAUUGGCCAACCCUUUCAUGGAGAAGUACAGUUGGAUUAACCAGGAGAAUGAUCCAAGCACCUUCAAGUUCCCAGUUCAGUAAAUUUAUUAAGCAGGCUAUAACAGUUUUAGUUAAAAAAUUGUUAGAUUUACAAAGAAACAUCUAUAAAAUGUUAUAUUUUUAUAAAUUUUGGCCUGAUCUCUUAUAUUUUUGCUAGUCGGGACGAUAUAACUCUUACUCUAUUUUCAACAAGGUUUCAGUGCACCGUAAGAAAUUGGUUCUUUUCAUGGUUGGACAUAUACAUAAGAAGGUUCAUGAUGACAUGGGUGAAAUCCCUUGCCAGAUUUCAUAACCCAUCAAGAUGCGAUACCUGCAAA